UGAUGUAGCACUGAUUCAACUCGUUGCAGAUCGAGCAAAGGUUGGUGUGGUGUCGUUGCGUCUUCACUUUGCUGUCUAGACAGUGUUCAGAGUUUUAGAGUUUUCAAACUCUUAGUCACCUAGUCUAGCUGUUCUAGUGCUUGGCACUGAGCAAGCAGGAUCAACAAAACAACAACAACAAGGACAGAUGUGAUAGCUAAGUUUGCAGACCUACUAAACGAAGUCGUUACGUCACUUUCCCGCAAGUCUACCAACCAGUGAAAAUUGUUUUGCUCUUAUCAUUGAUGUCCUUGGAAGAGGCGCGCCCUAGCCAAAGUCGCUCGUCCAAUCCCGGUGUGGAAGACUCGAACGCGUCAUACAAGUCAGUCGAAGGAAACACAAACGAUAUGCAAACACUCGGUCAUCUUCGUUACCGGCUAGUCGGCUUCCUCGUGCUCCAAAGCCUCUACGCAUCACUAGUAAACAAGUAUCAAAAAUUGGAGGCCGAAAACGCAAAACUCAUUCGCGCACAAAGUUCAAAAACAGAAUUUAAGAAAGUAACGGAUUCUAACGCGAGCGCUCGUUUCUCAUCGGAGCAGCAAGAGAGUGAGGGUGCUGGAGAGGUACUGGUUUGUCGUAUGUGUCGCACUAUGCAAGAAACGAUAACGAAAUACGAGAAGAGGAUUGCACAUAUCGAGAACAAAACGUUCAAGGGCAUCGUGCAGCAAUACUACGAGUUGGAGCAAUCGUAUCAACAUCGAAUGAGAAUACAAGAAGAAAUGGAGCGAGAGAUAGAAGUCUACCGCACGAUGUUUCCGUCCACUCGCGACGAAGGUGACACCCCUUACGUUCCCGAUCAAGAGCUAGUGAGAAAUCUCAUUCAAACUCAAACACAACUCUCUGUAGAGAGAACUUUAGCUCAAGAGUUGGGUGUGCAACUUAGGCAAAAGACCGAAGAAGUCGACGCACUCAGUCAGCAGCUACAGGUUCAGAUAUACGGACGGCGACAAGCACAAGGACGCGUCUGCGAAUUGCUGAACGAAUUCGUCUGCUGCUGCCUCGCGAUACCGACCGUCGUUAACGAGGCGGGCGUCAUGCAAUGCUUUGAAGAGCUGCUCGUAAAGAUCGAUGACUUGUCGGAGUUUGAUAAAGAAAUAACAGCUGCCGUCCAAGUCGCUUUGCAAGAAGUCCGUCGUUCCAGUUUACUGUACGACGCACCUGAAGAAGCACAAAUCGAUUUGAGCAGUAUCUCGUUAGCUCAAGCUGUCGACAAGAUAACCGAAUUGCAGACGAGAGAGAAACGCUUGCGGCGCGACGGCAAACGUGAAGUUAUCGAGCAGAUGAGAAAGCACAAACAGGCGGCGAUGAAAAACAAAGAUCUCGAAGAACGGUUACAGAAAUCUAACGCCGACAGGUUACUCUCUGUAGAGCAGUUACGCGAUGAGAACAGCCGACUUCGUGUAGAGCUAAACGAGCAUCACCAAACGCUCGGUCGUGGCAGCUCGUAUGCGGCCCGGGUAGCCGAAUCGGUGAGGUCCCUCGUCGACCUCAUAGAAACACAGAAAUUCGAGUUGCAAUCGGAACGAGACCGUUUGAGCGGCGAUCUAAGCGAUCUGCGACAGAGUCACGACGAGAUGAAGAGAUCGAAUCAACAACUGAAGAGUGACGUACGCAAGAUAAGCGCUACCGCUCUGGAAACGGCUACCGCAACGAUAAAGGAAGAUUUGGAUAGAUUAGAAUCGGAGUGUAGCAGACUACGGGAUGAGAACAGAGAUCUCGUUGAGCGCUUAGAGUUUGUGGAAGACGCAGCAAGACAGGACCGCGAAAAGAGUCGGUCUCUUGUAGAAACAGUAGAAACUUUAGAACCACAGAUUCGACGAUACGAAUCUGAAGUUAGAGAAUUACAGAAAAUCAACGCGGUUUUGACGGAAACUAAGCAGAAAAUGGGAACAAAGAUAAAUGCGCUCGAGAAAACACUGCAGAGUUUUAUGAGCGAACGACAGACGACGACGUCAAGACAACCAACAGGCUAUCCUUUUGCCACCGCACACCGCAGUUUGAGCGGAGUUUCCUACGGAGACAGAGAAUCGCAUCAACUUAGUCUAGUUUCUCGAAGUCCCAGUCCUCCUCAAUCGCUUUCCUCGUUGCAACACACCGACCAGCAAACACGGGAGCGAAUUACUGCAGCGGUGUCACUUGCUGGUGAUGCAAUGACUCAGUCGUUACCGCCAUCUCUGUCGUCAUCCAAUCCGGGAUCAUUUAGAGUCAAUCGCCCGGAUGACCGCGUCUCCCGUCUGUCGACGAGCGAAAGUAGAAAGAGUUUCAUAUAUUCUAGAGACGAAGCAUCAUCGAAACCAAUUAUCAGAUCCACUACUCGUGACACAAUGCAAUGUUUGCGUUGUGGAUCAAGGUUUUCCGUUGUAAACUUGGACGAAUACGAGAAGCACAUUAAAGCCUGUUACUCUGAUGUUAACGUUCAGUGAGAGAAAGAGAGAGAGGGAGGGAGACAGUCUAUGUUGUGUCAAUGAAAACUAGUAAAACAGUAAGAUACGAACUCUUUGGAUGACAGGUUUAUACAACUUUCGUUUGAAAGUACAAUUGCAUUCUAUCGGCUCAAUAACGUUCUACUCAGACAGAGAAAGAUGAAGAAUAUAGAAAGAGGACAUAAUUAUUAAUAUAAUUAUACUAUAUUUUAGUUUAAAUUUAAUUAAUGAAAAGGAUAUGUAGAGUGUUUGGUUGAGUUGUGUCGGGUUGAGUUUGUUAGGUUGCUAAUAUCUCUUCAAAUACAAUGAAACGUCAUUUUUCUUGGUUA